AUGAGCAACGAACUGAUGGUGUUGCGACCUACGAAACCGACGCGACGGGUCAAAUAAAACGGUCUUUGUUUUACGAUCGGAAAUAAAUGGUUUAUAAAAAAAAGUGAUGCUUUUCAAUUUUGAAAUGUAAACAGAAAAUAUCAUAAAAUGAGAAUCUUCAAAUGUUCACAACGGGUUUUUAUAUGCAGAAGAAUUUUAUCGAGUUUAAAUAUGAUUUUACUGAAAAGGAUUCCUUAAGUUUGGAGGUAGGACAUGGAGGAGGUCUACGUAAUCAAACUACGUGGAGUACCUUCAACGUCGACAUCCGAGUCAUCUAGUUCAACAACAGAUCCAAAUGACCUGAUCAGAAGCUCCAUCCUGGGCCUCGGCGUCCUCCACAUUGUGUUCGGUGUCCUGGUGCUGACUUUCGGAAGUCUUCGAACAGCAGUGGAACACGAACCCAAUGCCACCUUAAUGGGCAUUCUCUUCGGCCCCGUGUUCGUUGCCUGUGGUAUCUGCGGUUUCAUAUCUUGGAAGAGACCUUACCGCAAGCUCAAAAUCCGGGCCUUUUUUGGACUCGCCUCCCUUUCCAUGAUGGGAUCUGUGUCGUACAUAGGCCUGUGUCUUCUAGGGGUCGUGCAAUACCAUGGCAUUCCAAGAGAAUUCGGCGACAGCCCCCAUGUCACUGCGAAUGCACUCUUGGCCACGAUGGGGGAAUUUAUCGUGUCUCUGUUGUCGAUAUUAACUUCUGGAGGGGCUCUUUGGAAGAGAUGGGGUUUCUUCAGGCCCUCUGUAAACCAUCAGAGGCAGAAAGUCAUCGUCAAGACUGACAUUGUAGGGGGUGUGACGUCUCCUGAGAAAGGGGACACGAUAGGGUCCCCGCAUCCGGGCGCAGGAUACGUGGACGAGGUAAUUCGCCACGUCAGUCCUCAUUGUGUCAUUUCCUUACGUGCCACAGACGAGCAGAAAGAAGUCAUCAGGCGAGUUCAGGAGUACCUGCACUCGCAAGAUGAGCUUAGUUUCUCCUUUUCUGAUCCAAGCUCUAUACAGGAGGAACAAGAUUUAGGGUUGGAUUCUCAGAGCUGGAAAAAUGAAGUUCUAGUCCCAGGACAGAAAAUGUUACAGAGUAAGAACGAAGAUGUUGAAAUAAGUAACCAAUGAAAAAUCAAAAGGUAGAACUAAAGCAGUGAAAAGCAAAAGGAUGCAAUUGCCAAAAGUAAAAAUUUGGAGAAAACCAGUACAAAUGGCAGGCGAGCCUCUCCUCUCUCUAAGGGCAAGAGAUAGUAUUAGUAGUCCUGGUAGGUGCUGCUAUGCAGCAUGAUUUAGGGGGGGGGGAAUCAAGAAAGCCUACCUAGGACCGGAAGGCGGUUUUCUCAAAACUUGAAAAAGUCCACUUACAUCCCUUACACUGCUGCCUCAAUUAUUUUAAGAAGCAAUUGGAAUUUUGAGCUUUGGGGCUUUUUCCCUCAUAUAUUACUGCAGUGAAAUGGAAAAUGAAUGUCUUUCAGCUACUUUUACUUUUUCUGAAUUUUAUUUAAAUUAUGACAAAAAAUAAACCUACGUUCAUGAGAAUAAAUGAACAUAGUAUUUCUGAUUUUUAUAGUCAGAAGUUAAAUUAAAAUACCACCCACAGAAAAUUUUAUAGUAAAUCUCCCUCGUGAAAAAUCUCUUUGGUAGGCUUUUUUUCAUUUUCGUUUUAUCUUUCAUGUUUUAUGUAGAAAAUUUAAAAUUCAGGAGAUUUUAUUUGGGUUUAUAUAUUUUUAACAUCUACUCUAGUACACAAGCCAGGUCGAAAAAUGAGAGGGGGGGGGCGGCAUUUGUCUCACCGAGAAUCUUAUUGUAAACCAUAAUGUAGCUCAUAAAAAAAGAGUUCACAAGCACCACGCCGUACAUUUUGGGUGGUACAUGCGACUUUACCGGUAACAGAAAGAAACACAGCGGGAAAGGGUAUUUUAGGAUAAAAACAUUUUGUACGGCAUAUAGUUAGUUUUGUAGAUGAUCAAUUAAAAGUCAUUUUUAAUUUUUUGCCGUACAAAAAAAAAGGGCCAGGCAGGGCCGCGUUGUCCUAAUGUGCAAGGUCUUGCGACGCACGGCGGCGCCAGAGUCAAAAAGACGCCAAGCUCUACCAAUUGAAAAUGUUUAAAAUCGGGGGGGGGGGGGGGGAAUCUCCAACCAAAAAAAUAAAAUUGAACUUCUCAUUAUAAUCUAUAAAAGUAGCGGUGAAAUUAUACUGGUCAUUAAAACAAGCAAUCCUCCUUACUGCCUAUCAAAAGAAAAAAUUAUUGCUUUGUUGUUUGCGACAAAUCCCCUACGUUUACGACAAAUUUCGCAAUUUUUUAAAAAUCUGGUUUCAAUUUGGCCACUGUUGGUGAUAUUUAGAGAGUAAACUAUUGCAUCACAUUAAAAUUUUUAAUAAUGGGAAAAUGACAUUAAAUUGGAGUAAAAGGAAGUCAUGUGACAAACACAUCAACUCGUUUUAAUAAUGCUAUCAUAGACUAUAAUUUUUAGAUGGCAUUAUUUUCAAAAUUUAUUUUGAAUAUUUAAGAACAUUUCUCAACUAAUGCCGUACACUUUCAAAUGACCUGCAAACCUCGUUCUAAAAAGAGGGGUUCCCCCCCCCCCCUCAUAUAUUCAGCCCCGUACCAAUAAAUUGGUACGGCAUUGAAAAAAAAUGAAAUUAUAUAUAAAAAAGAAAAUAUGCAAGUGCCGUACAUGGUAAAAUCACUGAAAAAGUCCGUAAAAUAAUUCAAAAAGCAAAAAUUCUGGGUUUUCUAGACUUUUUUUUUUUUUUUGUACGGCAAUAAAUUAAACAUGACUUUGAAUUGAUUACCUUUAAAAUUAACUAUAUAACGUACAAAAUCUUUUUAUCCUAAAAUACCCUCUCCCGAUACGUAACUUCCUGUUACCUGUGUAGUCGCAUGUACCACCCAAAAUGUACGGCGUGAUGCUUGAACUCUUUUUUACUAGCUAUACUACGGCUUACAAUAAAAUUCCCACUGGGUCAAAUGACCACCCCAUUGUUCGACCGGGCUUGCGUACUACUCGUUUUAAAACAGAAAAUUGGGUUCUGAACAAAAAUUGAAUUCUGAAGCAUGUUAAGAAUUUUUUUUUUAAAUAUUUUAAAAUUAUUAAUGAAUGAAAUUUUAUUGUAAGGCAUCAUUGCCUUUUUAUUUUGCGAACUCAGAACUUCUGAAAUAAUAUUAUAUAAUUUUAUAUUAACGGGCUUUCCUUUUUUUACUUCAUAGUUUCUCAUCUUUAGUAAAACGUAUCUUUGUUAGAGUGAUUUUACAAAAAUGAGCUUUGAUUAUGUCGUUGUGAUUCCCGGCUUGUUUGAAUGAUUGAAAAUUGCUUCCUUUUGUUACAAGAAACCAAGACCAAAAAAAGUGGUGAUAAAACAAGUGAUUUUUUUGUUAAAAGCAAUAGUAUUUCAUCCUUCAAGAUUCAAAUGUGUAGAUUUCUACGAAAGUAGUGCUAAAUAACAUCACUGUUCUCUUUGUAAAUGCCAAAUGAAUUGUAAAAAUCAUAUUAAAAAGAAAACACUCAACGAUAUCGUGUUCUGCUGUAUAACCAAGUUGCACUUCGUUGCAGUUUAUGAACUAUGUUACUUAAUCUAUUUCGUGAUUUGCCAAAAGUGGUAGCAAAUUUGGUUUGUAACAAGUUUUGCUGCCAAAAACUAAGUUUAAAAAUAUCAUACUGCAAGCCAAAAGGAACUGAACAUUUGAACUGAAGUUUUGUAUGAAACACGCUUUACAGAGAAGUGUAUUUUUGUGUAAUAAUUUUCAAUGUUUGCAACGUGAAAGUAUAAAGAUUUUUAUAU